GUGGAUUCAAUAGCAUCUGUUGACAUCACAGAUCCCUGUCGAUUUCGCAGGUGCCCUGAGAUUGAUUGCUAUUGCAGAGUAAUUUUCUGCUGGCAUUGGAUUAAGAGUUUUGUCAAGCGCUGGGCAGGCAAGAGACGUUCGGACCGCGAGUGGAUUAUAGAAACAUUCUGUUGUUGAAAACAGACAUUUCCUUUUAUUCUUAAAAAUGAGAUAGUGUGUUCAAUAUCCACAUCACGGUCAACUCAUUAAAAUAUCUAAGCUAGAUCACCCCUGUGAAAUAUAGUGAGAUAUACCCUACAUCACCUGGCAACAUGCUCGCCAAAAUGAAAGCCAGCGCCGAGCAGGACCUUGAGAAGAAGACUCCUGAUCUUAUAAAACCGGUGCUCAUCACAGAACGGAAGCCGAGUGCGUACGACAAGAAGGAAAAAGACAAUGUUAGUAUCAGCGAUAAACCAAGAAACAGCGUGUCUGUUCCCGCCAAAAAGCCACCACCCAAGGGACCUCAGCAACGAGGGUCUCUUACUGGUAUGUUGGCCACUAAGAAGUUCUUCAAAAGGUUAUCAAAGAAACAAAGAGCAGCAUCAACAGUUUCAGUUCCGGCUAAGCAAUAUGAACCCACAUAUCGUAUGGAACCCAAAGAACACUAUAAUGAGAAAAAGGUUUAUGAGGUCGUGAAAGAACUCAUUGACGAAAAAUUAACAGGUAUGAUUUAUAGCAAGAAAUAUUCCGGAAAUCUAACGAAGAUAAUUAGCAACCAGGUCAAGGAGAAAGUGAAAGCGCUACACUACGAUCGCUACAGGAUAAUAUGUAAUGUGAUGCUGGGAGAAAAUCGGGGGGCCACCGUUCUUGCUACCAGUCGAUGUGCUUGGGACCCCAAAACGGACGAUUUCACUUCAUAUUCUUUUCAGAGUAAACAUCUAUUUUGCAAUGUGUCGGUGUUUGCUGUGUACAAGGAAUAGUGAUUUUAUUUGCAUUCCUAUUUAACAUCUCUUGACGGACAGAAUAUUAUAUCUGGAGAACUUGUUCGUGUAUUGGUGAUCCAGAAACAUAUUUUUCCUCAAUAUGAUGAUAUUAUAAUCCAUGUAGAUUUAGUUUAUCACCUAUUUUUCGAUUCCUUUUAUUAUUGCCUCAUAAAACACUCAAUUAUGUACACUUUAAUAAAUCGUUAUACGAUUUAAAUGUGUCGACCCAUAUUUGUAUUCUAGUCUUAUGAGAUGGUCGCAAACACACACACAAACAGAGCCGAAAUGAAAGGCAAUGUUCUAGAUACGAGUUUACUGUAAUAGGUGACGGAUUAUACAAAAGGUGUUUUUCUUAAUGAC